GCGCCGCGGUCUCGCGAGGCGUCCGGUGGGCCGGGCCGCGGGAGCACAACAAACAUGGCGGCGGCGGCAGAGGGCGGCGGGCGCGGCGCGGGGCGGCGGCGGAGACCCCAACAAAUGGAAAGCAAAUUAACUUAAGCCUAGAGGAGGUUGGUGACAUCUGAAAGAGGGGAAAGCGGGAGAGCUGUGCUCCCUGCUUUCAAUCUGACCUAUUGGGAGUACCUUUUGGAGCAUGUCUGCUACUUAGCAGGGAACUGAAAUUCAGGCAGAAGAGAUUGUAAACUUAAAGUGUGAAUAUGGGUGAAAAGAAACCAGAACCUCUGGACUUUGUAAAAGAUUUCCAGGAAUACCUUACCCAGCAGACUCAUCACGUAAAUAUGAUUUCUGGGUCAGUUAGUGGAGACAAGGAAGCAGAGACUCUUCAGGGAGCUGGGACAGAAGGUGAUCAGAAUGGGCUAGAUCAUCCUUCUGUUGAAGUCUCGCUGGAUGAAAACUCAGGAAUGUUAGUGGAUGGGUUUGAAAGGACAUUUGAUGGAAAGUUAAAGUGUCGAUAUUGCAACUAUGCCAGCAAAGGAACAGCACGACUCAUAGAGCAUAUCAGAAUUCAUACAGGUGAGAAGCCACACAGAUGCCAUUUAUGUCCAUUUGCAUCAGCUUACGAACGUCAUCUAGAAGCUCACAUGCGAUCGCAUACUGGUGAAAAACCAUACAAAUGUGAAUUGUGUUCCUUCCGCUGCAGUGACAGAAGCAACUUAUCUCAUCACCGUAGGCGUAAACAUAAAAUGGUUCCUAUCAAGGGUACAAGGUCUUCCCUAAGCAGCAAGAAAAUGUGGGGGGUUUUGCAGAAGAAGACCAGCAAUUUGGGGUACAGCAGAAGAGCAUUAAUUAAUUUGAGUCCACCUUCCAUGGUGGUUCAGAAACCAGACUACCUUAAUGAUUUCACUCAUGAAAUCCCAAAUAUACAGACUGAAGCAUACGAGAGUAUGACAAAACCAACCCAGAGCAGUGGGUUGCCAAGAGAUCCGCAAGACCUUAUGGUAGAUAAUCCUUUAAAUCAGCUAUCUACGUUAGCUGGACAGUUAUCUAGCUUGCCACCUGAAAACCAAAAUCCAGCCUCUCCUGAUGUUGUUUCCUGUCAAGAUGAAAAGCCUUUCAUGAUACAGCAGCCUGCUGCACCUGCAGUAGUUUCAGCUGUGUCAACAAGUAUUCCUCAAAGUUCAUCUCCAACCAGCCCAGAUCCUCGGCCUACACACAAUCAAAGGAACUAUAGCCCGGUGGCAGGUCCAAGCAGUGAUCGCAGUGCCCACACCAGUACUCCCAGCAUAAGUAACAGUCAGCCAAGUACUCCAGCUCCAACCCUUCCAGUUCAGGACCCUCAGCUUCUGCAUCACUGCCAGCACUGUGACAUGUAUUUUGCGGACAAUAUCCUUUAUACUAUUCACAUGGGAUGUCAUGGGUUUGAAAAUCCUUUUCAGUGCAACAUAUGUGGGUGUAAGUGUAAAAAUAAGUAUGACUUUGCUUGCCAUUUUGCAAGAGGCCAACAUAAUCAGCAUUGACUGAGAACAUGCUUUCAUUUAGUUUUUUAACAUAUUACAGUAUAUUUUUCAUACUUGCUGAAGGAAAGCUUGCUCAUUUCCAUAAGGAAUCUUCACAUUAAGCAAUUGGACAAAAGAGGCAAAUUUAUUUCUAUGCUGUCAUAAAACUUGCCAGGGAAAUUUUUUGUAAGAUGUGGUGGUCAUUUAUAUAUAGUCUUUCAAAAAAACUGAGAGUGCUAUAAGAAUUAGAAUGCAAUUACAUGUUUUGUUUGUUAAAUUUAAGUUGAUUGCACUUAAAAUACCAAUAAACAUUCUGCAAAGGUAGAUGCAGAGUAUGUGUCCUGAAACAUAGGAUGCAAUUACCAGACUAUUUACCAGGCAAGAUAAAAUAUUGUAACCAUAAAAUGUGAAAGGUUAAUGCAAUGAAUGUAUGGUUACUUUGGAGACAGACUUAUCCUUAAGAACUUAGCUAUUACCAAACUGGAAAAACAGACUUUCUAAGUUAGAAGCAACUUUCGCAUACAAAUACAGUUUGAUUUAAAACUUACUUUAAUCUGGAAAGUUAAUAGUAAGUUUUUGCUUAGUAUAGUCUAAACUCUUCGUGCUAGGCCUCAAACACUACUUUAGCUGUUACUUUUAAAAAUCAGCAGAAAACUACAAGAUAACAUUUUGUGACUGAAUCUCUGGUAGGAAGAAAAAAGAGCGAAAAGAAUGGGAAAGACAUACUUUCUUGUCAGUCACUAAUUAUGUAAAAGAACAAUUAAGCAUGACACCUUAUUUUAAACUAUUUACCAAAUAGCUUUAAAUGUCUUUUUUUUAAAAGGAGGCAAUUUUCAAAGAACUAGUCAUAAUGAAGAGCUUGUAGAACUAAUACAUAUUCUAUGAGACGCUUAACUGCCUUAAACUGAUUUGUACACAUAUUAAAAAUUUGCACAAUUAGACUUCUAUCUUGCUGACAGAAGUUCUAAUAGAAACAAACAAGUUUACAAAUUAAAAAUAGUUUGUUCAGUUUUGUCUUGGGUCAGGCUAAAACUGUAGGUUGCCUAUAUGUUUGGAAGUUGAGUAAUCUAGUUUAUGGUAAACUUCAGCUAACUUGGAAUUCAGAUUGUCUUGUCAGUCUCCCCCACAUUUGUUACCCUUUUGGACGUGCCAGAAAAAAGGGGAAGGAUUUCUGCUUUUUUGUGGGUUUGAACUGUAUAUGUAGUAGGCAGGCAAAGGGAUAUUGAGUGACUAUGUUUUAAGUCAUUGUUAUUAAUAUUGUAGGUGGCAAAUAGUAACUAAAGAUGUACAUGAAGCCCAUUGCACAUGUUCAUUUUAUUUUUUUUAUACUGUACAUCUUACUUUAAAAGCACCUAGGCUAACGGACAGGCACUUUAAUAUAAAACUAAAUAAAACAUCUUAGCAAAAUUAAUAAAAGCUCUUGAUAUGCUACACAGGAAUUUGUAAUGUUUCAAAAUAGUGAAGAACUGUUACUUUUCCCAUAUUUAGACAUGCACUUUUACCUUAGUUUCUUACUUGCAUUAAGACAAAUGAAACCUCCCCUUAUAUUCCCUUUUCAAUAUCAGCAAAAUAUGACAGCAUAUAAUGUUUUGCUAAAGGCAGGAACAAGAUUUUACUAUUGUUCUGGAAGUCAGAGGCUGGAAUCUGAAUAGCAGAUGUUUGGGUUGAUUAGAUUGAUGUUGUCACAGGAGCUAAAGCUUCCUGAUGCCAGUGGAAAAAUUUGCAAUGACUUCAGCUUAAGAUCAAUAUGCAGGAAAAAACACCCUUCUGAAAGUCUUAGCUUUAGCAGUAAUUUUCACUUCAGUGAAUUAGAAAUUUGGGAACUGAGUACACGUUUCUCUUCACAUAGGUUAUCUACUGUUGAAUUUUCCAUUAACCAGUUGAAGGAACUGGAUUAUUGUCAGCACAUCGUCCAGUGGCUAUGAGAUCAAAUAAUAAAUAUGCCAAUUUAGUGCAAAAUUAAUGAUAACACGCUAUCAAUUCUUAAAAGAAGUUUUUGGUUUUAGGCAGGCCUGGUUCAAAAUCCAUUUUAGUGGAUUUGUGUAACCAAGAUGUGAUUUCCACUUUUAUUCAUCAAUACAGUAGAUUCAUAAUGACACUCUUCAUAAUCCCCAAAUACCUUUAGUUGCUUUAUACUUUUAAAAAUUUAUUUUAUAGCCAAAACACCAACUCUGUAUGCAUAAACUGAUGUGCAGAGGACCUGGAGUCAUACACUUGAAUGUCCAUUUUUACUUUAAGGACUACAGUAACGUUGACUGAACUGGAAUCCAAUUGUUUGGAAGUUACUGCUCUUGUACCAAUUUUGUUACAUGACACUUCUAGUCAAGGAAUCAUACAGAAAUAAUAGGUCUCUUUUGACCUAUCUUUUUUACAUUUUAAAACCUCAAUUUGGCUAAAAUAUAGUAUUAAAACUAUUAAAAAAUAAGGACCAUUUCAUUUAGUAAUUUAUUGAGGUAAUUUUCCUUGCCUUUUGAUAGCUGAUGCAAACUUUUAUUCGUAGGCUGUAGCAACAAUAAAGAAACCAGUAGAUGUGCUUAUUUCAGAUGCUGGUGCUACAAGGUGUACCUUCCAAUACCGAAUGAUAGAUUACAACAGCUAAGGUAUCUUUGUUUUGUGGUUCCAGUCUUUCUGCCUCUUGAUAUCAGUAGGGAGAUUAUGAACUCUGGGCACAAACGUUUGACAUUUGAGCCUUCCAUUCUUCACACAGUUUCUGAUCCAUUUUCACAAAUUUUCUGAUCUAUUAGGGCUUUCAUUGGCAGUGCCUGUAAACAUUCUAGACUUUUUUUUGUAUGUAGGCUAUUCUUUGGCAAUUUAGUAAAAUGGUUUUGUGAACAGUAAUGCCUCUGGAAGAAAUUUUAGAUAAAAGAAUAGUUAGGUCACUGGUAGAAGUAGAUGGUAGUAAGAGAACACCUGCAUUAUCUUUUUUAAAAGGGGCCCUCAUUCAACAGAAGAUCCCAUACUGAGGAUGAACUGUAUCAUGUUCUUAAUAAUAAAGUCAGUAUAAAACAAACAAAAAAAAAAGCCCAACUCCAAACCUUGCAAAUUAUUUAGAAAUAUUUUAAAACUACUGAUUUAAUAUCACUUUUUCUCUUCAAAGUACCCAAGGAAAAGAUAAUUCACUUGGACAUCUAAAAACUUUUGAACGCUUUAGAACUGGUUUCCCAUCUUUCCUUGUGCAAGCUCCCAUCUGCAGGGGGAAUUCUUAGGAGGCAACAGGCUUUGGCAUCAUGCCUUUUGCAACCAGAGCUGUGGGUUGGAUCCCCGCUGAUUUCCUAGUCUUUCACAGAGAGUCAGCUUCUGGACUAGGAUUCCUAGCUUUUCAACAUAAUACUGUAUUCAGUUGUGCCAAACAGUAUCUUGACUAUACCUAUUUCCUUCUGACUACUGAGUAUGUUUGGAAGGCGCAUUUGCAUAAUAGUUUUUCAUGACUUUGUAUAUACCAUUUACUAUGAUUUAAAGAGCAGAAUUAAUUCUGCAAAAUUGUUUUGGAGUAUGAUCCUGAUAAUUCUUGGACAAGUAAACCUUAUUCAUUUAGAAUAAAUGAGGGAUACUUGUAAGGAAUUGUAGAAUCGAGCCUUAGGUUAGUAGGACUUUCCAUAUUGAGUUCUCCAUGUGCUACACUGCACUAACUUAAAAACAAAAAACAAAUCCUUAUAAUAUAUUAUAAGGUGCUGAUUAGCUUUUUAACUUGUAUUAACAGGGAAGUUUGGGGAUGAGCUGAAAUUUUUUCACAGCUUGAUUCUGUUAAGUUCCGUAGUUGGAAAACAUUAACUUUGUGGAGUUUUUUUUUCUAUUGUAAUAUAUUAUUUUAUAGAUUUUUGGGCAUAUUUUUAACAUGCACUAUUUAUAGUACUCUUAAUGCAGACUUAGUAUUUUGAGACUGAAUAUUCCACCAAACAUGCAAAUACUAGACUGAAGUUGUUGGUAGAUUAGUUAUCUCUGUUAAUACUUAAACCAGCUGUGGAGCAGCUUAACAGGAAAUAAUAGCUGGCUUUUCACAGAUACAAUGUUUAGAUAAAGAUGAUUUUGACAUAAAAUGUUGAUUGGCAUGUUAACAUAAAAUUCAGUGCUAGAAGACAUGUUUCAGCAGUGUUUUGUAGCACAACGAUCUGUUGCUAUUUGUUUUGUUCCAGAAUGUUUUGAGGUUUUGCUUGUUUUGUUUUUUCUUUUGACGAAGGGAAUGUAAUUUAGAAGUCUUCACUGGCAAGUUUUCCAUUAAUUUUAAGCUUCUUUUAGAAUCUACAGCAAAUGGAUGUUCUGCUGCAGGAAAAUCUGUUCCCUGCUGAAGCAUUUUUCAUUAAGCAAUCUUUGUGUAUGUGCUUCUAAGUACCUGCUUUGUUAAUAAUAUGUAUUUCAAUGUAAAGAGCAUAUUUUGUAUGCAAAAAUGGAAACUGUUAGAGUUGUAAAAUAAAUUUUAUUGUGUAGUGAAUGUUUUCAGAAGACAAGUUCUGAAAUAACUUGACUAUAUCUAGUGUAGUUCAUGUUGUGAAGCUUUGCUUUUGUAAGAUACGAAUAAAAUAACACUUUCUAGUUAA